AUCUCUCUCUCUGCAACUCUCUUGUCUUAAAGAAGACGAAACUCCCCUCUCUCUCUCUCUCUCUCUCUCUCUGGUUCUGUGUGCCACACACAGACAGUGAGAAAUAGCUAAAGUGUCAAACUUAAAAGAAAGAAAAAAAAAAAAACAAUGCUGUUUGCUUUUGAUUCCCAAAGCAUGUGAGCGCUCUGACACACUCUACCUAUGCUCUUCCUCUUCUUCUUCUUCUUCUUCACUGCUUCCGCUUCUUUUGCUUUUGUGUUUCUUUGUUCGAGUCACCGGCUUAGUGAUUAAACUCUAUGGCCUCGUCCUCCCGAGCACGGAGCCGGUCGCCAUUCUCGCACCGCAAGCCCUCGACACCGUACUCGUCCUCCUCGUCCUCGCUCGUACCUCGCUCGUGCUCUUCCUCUGCGGCUUCGUUUUACAAUUCGGGCAGUGGGCUGGGCUCCCGAUCCAUGACCCCGAGUCGCAGCCGCUCAGAUUCAAUGUAUUACGGGUCGCAUGCCUACAAUAAUCACUCUCCGGUUGGGUUCGCUUCGGACGAGUUAAUUGCAGAGCCGGUCGAUUCGCCGAGCUCUGGAGAUAGCAUUUCGGUGACGAUUCGGUUCAGGCCAUUGAGUGAGAGGGAGUACCAGAGAGGGGAUGAGAUCGCGUGGUACGCGGACGGGGAUAAACUUGUGAGGAACGAGUAUAAUCCAGCUACAGCUUAUGCAUUUGAUAGGGUUUUUGGACCGCAUACGGUUUCACAAGAAGUAUAUGAAGUAGCGGCUAAGCCUGUUGUCAAGGCUGCAAUGGAAGGUGUUAAUGGAACUGUUUUUGCCUAUGGCGUUACAAGUAGUGGGAAGACGCACACAAUGCAUGGAGAUCACAAUUCUCCAGGUAUUAUACCACUGGCAAUAAAGGAUGUUUUCAGCAUUAUCCAAGAUACUCCAGGAAGAGAGUUCUUACUUCGUGUGUCAUAUCUUGAAAUCUAUAAUGAGGUGAUAAACGACUUGCUUGAUCCAACGGGUCAGAAUUUGCGCGUUAGAGAAGAUGCCCAGGGAACCUAUGUUGAGGGUAUAAAGGAAGAAGUUGUUUUAUCUCCUGGGCAUGCACUUUCUUUUAUUGCUGCUGGGGAAGAGCACCGUCAUGUUGGAUCAAAUAAUUUCAAUCUGUUGAGUAGCCGAAGCCACACAAUAUUUACACUGAUGAUUGAAAGUAGUGACCAUGGUGAUGAAUACGAUGGAGUGAUCUUUUCUCAACUUAAUUUGAUUGAUCUAGCUGGAUCUGAGAGCUCGAAAACUGAAACAACUGGACUGCGGAGAAAGGAAGGAUCUUACAUAAACAAAAGCCUUCUAACUCUUGGAACGGUAAUUGGAAAACUUAGUGAGGGGAAGGCAUCUCAUGUUCCUUACAGAGAUUCUAAGCUUACUCGCCUUUUGCAAUCUUCAUUGAGCGGGCACGGACAUGUUUCGCUUAUAUGUACAGUUACUCCUGCAUCAAGCAACAUGGAGGAAACUCAUAAUACAUUGAAGUUUGCAAGCAGGGCGAAGCGAGUGGAAAUCUUUGCCUCACGUAAUAAGAUUAUUGAUGAAAAAUCUUUGAUUAAGAAGUAUCAAAGAGAAAUUUCAAUCCUCAAGCAAGAACUUGAUCAGCUAAAAAGGGGGAUGCUUGUCGGGAUCAAUCAUGAGGAGAUUAUGACCUUAAAACAGAAGUUGGAAGAAGGUCAAGUGAAAAUGCAAUCGAGAUUGGAGGAAGAAGAGGAAGCCAAGGCUGCUCUUAUGAGUAGAAUUCAGAGACUAACGAAGCUCAUACUUGUCUCUUCAAAGAAUACAAUUCCUGGAUAUUUAGGAGAUAUUCCCAGUCAUCAAAGGAGUUACUCUGUUGGUGAGGAUGAUAAAUUCGAUGUGUUGCGAGAGGGUCCUUUGCUUUUAGAAGGUGAGAAUCAGAAAGAUUCUAUAUCAUCUGCCUCAGCCGCUCCAGCAGAUGCUUCUUUUGAUUUUAAACACAGAAGAUCUUCCAGCAAGUGGAGUGAAGAACUGUCACCUUCUGGCAGUGCAAUUACUGAAUCAAGUCAAGCUGGUGAACUUAUAAGUGGUUCAAAAUUGGUAACAGGUGGGAUGACUAUGUCAGAUCAGAUGGACCUUCUUGUUGAGCAAGUUAAGAUGCUUGCUGGAGAAAUUGCAUUUGGCACCAGCACCCUUAAGCGCUUGGUAGAACAGUCUGUAAAUGACCCUGAUAGCUCAAAAACUCAGAUUCAAAACUUGGAACGUGAGAUCCAAGAAAAGAGGAGGCAAAUGAGGCUCUUAGAGCAGCGUAUUAUUGAGAGUGGUGAAGCUUCAAUUGCUAAUGCAUCAUUGGUUGAAAUGCAGCAGACUGUUAUGAGAUUGAUGACCCAGUGUAAUGAGAAAGGCUUUGAAUUGGAGAUAAAAUCAGCAGACAACCGUAUCCUCCAGGAACAGCUGCAGAAUAAGUCUUCGGAGAACAAGGAAUUGCAAGAAAAAGUGAAUAUUCUUGAGCAGCGUUUGGUCUCAUUCACAAGUGGUAAAUCAUCAAUGUCUUCAGAACAGUGUGUAUCUGAUGUAUAUAUUGAUGAGCUGAGAAAGAAAAUUCAGUCUCAGGAAAGUGAGAAUGAGAAACUUAAGCUGGAACAAGUUCAGCUUUCGGAGGAGAACAGUGGUUUACGUGUUCAGAACCAGAAAUUGGCUGAGGAAGCUUCUUAUGCCAAAGAAUUGGCCUCUGCUGCUGCUGUAGAGCUGAAGAAUUUGGCUGGUGAAGUGACAAAGCUUUCAUUGCAGAAUGCAAAACUUGAAAAAGAGUUGUUGGCUGCCCGAGAGUUGGUCCAUUCUAGAAGUGCUGCUAUGCAAACUGUGAAUGGUGUCAACCGCAAGUUCAAUGAUGGAACAAGAACUGGAAGGAAAGGGAGGCUAGCUGGCCGUGCUAAUGAAAUUUCUGGAGUGGUCUGUGAUGACUUUGAGUCAUGGAAUCUUGAUCAUGAUGAUCUAAAGAUGGAACUGCAGGCAAGGAAACAAAGGGAGGCAGUGCUUGAGGCUGCCUUAGCUGAAAAGGAAUUCAUUGAAGAUGAGUGUCGGAAAAAGAUUGAAGUGGCAAAGAAAAGGGAGGAGGCUUUAGAAAAUGAUUUAGCAAACAUGUGGGUGCUUGUUGCUAAGUUGAAGAAAGAGGGUGGAGUUAUUCCUGAGAGGAAUGGUGAGGGAACGGAAUAUCUUAGUGAUGUAAAACCAAAUGAAAUUGAAAGUAAUCCUGUUCCUGAUGAUAGAGGAGCAUUGGGUGUUUCAAAUCCAGCUGAUGAAAUUCCCAAGGAAGAACCUCUAGUUGUUCGCCUAAAGGCGCGAAUGCAAGAGAUCAAGGAAAAGGAGCUCAAGUACCUUGGAAAUGGCGAUGCCAAUUCCCACAUGUGUAAAGUAUGUUUUGAAUCACCAACUGCUGCAAUUCUUCUCCCCUGUCGGCACUUUUGUUUGUGUAAAUCUUGUUCGCUAGCCUGUUCCGAGUGUCCACUUUGUCGCACAAAAAUUUCAGAUAGGCUUUUUGCAUUUACUUCUUGACAUUGCUUUUCCAACCCACCAAACGAAGGGAUAAGUGAUUGUUGUUCUUGGAAUCUGUCCCCACAAAAGGGCAUAGAUUUUCCUUCCAUGCCAUAGACGUCAUAAAUGACUUCUAUCACAAUAGGUUCUUAAAAUAGCAAACCGGUUUUUUUAACAUUUGUUUGUUUCGGUCACGCUAUAUUCUAUUGUUUU